AUGUACCAUCUUGCAAAAUCUCUCUAUUUCUAUGCGACGAGUAAAGAAGAAUACUCCGUUCUCCUCCUCGGGCUGGACAACGCGGGAAAGACCACUCUGCUCAACCAAAUAAAGGCCAUUUACCUCCCGACAGCCACCUCCGACGAUGAGACGCGCAAAUCAGACGUGGGGCGAACGGUGCCAACCGUUGGCCAAAAUGUGGCCACGAUCCCCUUGCCGGACAUGUACCUGAAAAUCUGGGACGUUGGCGGCCAGAUUUCCAUGCGCGGCCUCUGGCAAAGCUACUAUUCCAGCUGCCAUGCCAUCAUUUUUGUUGUUGAUAGCGCAGACGUGGGGGAUGACGCCGAUGUUUCACGGCUAGGAUCAUCAAACUACACGCCGUCGCUGGAACAUUCCACCCAAGCGUCCGACGGCCCGCUGAAACCCAUUGAUCCCUCGAGCGAUUUUGGUCGACUAGAUGAGUGUCGACAGGUCCUCGAGUCAGUCCUUCAGCACUCCGACGCCGCGGGUGUCCCCGUCUUGAUUUUGGCAAACAAGCAGGAUCGAGAGGAUUGUGUCGAAGUUGUCCGGAUCAAAGAAGGUUUCGUGCGCAAGGUGUUCGAGGGCGAAGAAGGUGGCGGUGUGCGAGAUAGCAGAGUCCUGCCUGUUAGCGCACUGAUUGGGGCCGGCGUACGGGAAGCAGUGGAAUGGGUCCGGAGCCGCGUCAAAUGGAACAAGGACUCACGGCCUCCUAUCAUGCGAUAG